GACCCUAAAUGUAGUAGAUUGACUACAGAGCCCAGUGAUUGCUCAAAUUCAUAUUGAUAUUGAUCAAAAUCGUAUUGUUUUGAUUUCAAACCCAACCAAACAUGAAAAUGUCAAAGAAGAAGAAAAGGCAGGAUGAUUUCCAUAAAGUUAAACUGAAAGUUGGCAAGAAGAAGCCCAAGGUGGAAAAUUCAACCAACGUCAACUUCAAAUCGAGGAGCAUUCAUUUACCGGAUCAGCUGAAGCGCGAUGAUGGUGGACCGACUACACACCGGCAGCUCAGCAUUAAGGAUCUGCUGUCCCAGCUGCACCACUACAGCAGCAGCGUGAAGCAGGGUGCUCUCGUAGGCCUUCGGGAGCUGCUCUCAGCACAUCCAUCCCUGCUCGAGCAGCAUGCGUCAGUCGUGCUCGCCGAAGUCGCCGCACUCUUCACCGAUAAAGACGGCGCCGUGCGGGCAGCCGGUUCACGUCUCCUGCGUUUAGUGGCGCAGUGCAUGCCAGCCGAGCGUGUGGCUCCCUUCUUCCCUCUGCUUGGCGCUCACCUCUCCUGCGCCAUGACCCACGUCUCAACCGGCAUCCAGGAGGACGCGCUGCGCGUGCUAGACGUGCUGCUCGAGCACUAUCCCGCUCUGCUAGCACAGAGACACACCGUGCUGCUCUCAAACUUCCUCGAGCUCAUCUCGCAGAGGCGGAUCAGUGGCACCGUGGACAGGGGCCAAGCCAGUGGCGAUCGGGCAGAGAAAGGAAGCUAUGCGCUUUCUAUAAACACUAGCAGAUCUGUUACAGCGCAGCAAUGGAGACUCACGGUCCUGCUCAGGUUGGGCCGGUUUCUUCAGGCAGUAGUGGAGGAGAGGACUACAGAAGAUGAUGCAGCGUGUGGAAGUGGCUUCGGGACGUGGAGCGGAGAGAAAGGGAUGGUCACACCUGUGGAAAUCCGCUGGGAGGAGCAGAUAUUCAGUAAAGAGAGCAUUCAAGUGUUUGAGAAUUCUGGAGCAAAGCCCACGCCACGCUCCACCUAUCGGCUAAGGCUGGAUUUGGAGCCUGGAGCUGGAGUGAGUGAGGACCUGUGUUCAGCAGAGACCGUGCAGGGUUUCGCAGGCACGCUAGUGCCUCUCCUCCUGGAGGUGUGGGUGGAGGCCGUGGGUGGAGGACGAGCUCAGACGGACAGCGGGCACCUGCUCUCAGAGGAAGCCAUGGCACUCAUGUUCCAGAUCCUUACGAUACUACAGCUACUGAGACGUCUCGCACCUCAGAAAGACCAACAGGAUAUGCUGGAUUCCUGGUUUCGAAAUUCUUACCUGAGUGAUUUCAAGCAGCACUUCAUGAAGAAUUUCCCCUACGGACAGCUAGAGGUGGCGAGACACAAGAAGAAAAUGGAUGGGAAAAGGAACAGGCAGCAGGUGAUUGGUGGCAUUAAUUCUGCAGGAACCGUAGAGCCACUGGCUCUGAAUGUCAUGCUGUGUCAGGUAAUGGUGACGCUCAGCCUGAGGGGGCGGGACCACAUCGCUGGCCAGGAUGCUGACUGGCUCGGGCCAAUCCGAGCAUUUGUUACGGACACUCUGUCCAGUGGUGGGAAGCUGAGCUCGAAGCACCUCGCCGCUCUGUUGGAGGUGGUUUGGAGGAUGAUCGUUACCCAGCGAAGCCGUGUCGUGACCGAGGAGCUCCUACAAGCUGUGUAUAUUCAAUAUCAGCAGAAGAACUUGGUGCUGUCUGUGCGCACCCUGUUGCUGCGUUUCUUAAGUCAACUCUACAUACAAGAGCACCAGAACCAGACUCAUAUUGCCAGGAGCAGGAUUUUGACGCGGUGGUUGGUGUCUUUGCCGCUGCAGUUGGCACAGUUGGGUGGCCGUAAUCCCAAACUGUCUGCACAGAUCCUGCAGACGGUACAGUCGGCUGCAGCCUGGGGCAACAAAGACCUGCUGCACAGCCUGCAGACGCAUGCAGACAGCCUUUAUGAUCCUCAGGAGGGCUGUGUUGUGUUGUUGCCGGUGGAACAGCAACAGCGCUUGGUUCAGAUCCUGUUCUACCUGCCAGCGUUUCCCGCUGAUGUUCUGGCCUGCCUCAGUCAAGUGUGUAACACAGGCAGGGUUUCUGCAAGUCUUGCUGCCACACUCAUCCGCACAGUACACUUCAGGUCUCCUUUAAGUGGCUGGUCCAGCAGUUCGCAGGAUGUGCCAGUGCGGGACGUGGAUUACUUCAGUUUCCUUUUCUCAACACUGAUAGGUUUCUCAUCUGAGAGACUGAGGACUCUACAGCAGGCAGAUGAUGAAGGUUUGCUGCCGUCGUCAGCCCUCUCACCCCUCAGCGUGUUCACCACACCACUCGAACAGUUCACGCACCACUGGGUCGUGGUCGAGGAAGUAUGUCACUGUUUGGAGACGUUGGGCUCUCGAGGGCAGUGUUUUGAAAUCUUACAAAAUGCCAUCAUCAAGAACCUGUGUGGGUUGGUGGUGGUGCCGGACUGCUUGUGUGCCUCCCUGUUGAGGUGUAUUCCACGGUUGCUGGAUCACAGCCUCCUGCCCAAUGACACACUCCUCCACUUCUUGGCUGACUGUUGUCUGAGCAUGCUCAGUCUGCUGCUGCAGCUGGAGCAAAGCGCCCGCAAGAGGGAUGCAGUAUGGGAGGCGUGUUUUGCUGCGCUGAGCACAGUGCCACGUCUUUUGCGAUUGGUUCUGCAGUCUCUACGCGUGUGUGACCUGUGCGAGGAGGAGCUUCCCCUGCUGGCUCAGAUCCUCUCGCUUCUCCUGCAGCACACGCAGCUCCGCAAUCACAUCGCCGCCAACGCCGCCUUGCUGCAGACCAUCAUUCAGGACCUGACGCGCUACCACGGUGGCGAGACCCGAGAGCAGUGGCUAACAGACCUGUUGUACUGCUACAGCGUGACGUUUUCGAGUCACCGUGCCAACAUGGCCAUGAGGGAUAUCUACUAACCUCCCGAGCCACCGUCUUCCCUCUGC